AUGCCAGAGCUCAAUCGGAAUGAGAAAAGCUUCAUAAAAACUGAGGAAGUUGACGGUCGAAAUUUCAGAAGUAUUGAAGCUAAACUGGUUAACUACAGCUUCCGUCCAGAAGCUAUGCCUAUCUUUGUUCCCGCAGACUAUGCGGAAAUGAUAUUCGAAGGUGGCAAGAGCCUGAGGCUACUCGAAGAAUUCCAUCCUAAUCAUCCACUUUCCGUAAAGAGCGGCGCGAGUCGGUCAGUGAAUCUAACCCUGGAGUGUGCGUUUACCUGGAAAGAUAUUGAUAAACUUCAACAAAAAGCCAACGACUAUGAGUCGCGACUUCGAGCUGAAAUACUUAGCUACGAUGAAAAACGACUCCAGAAAUGUCCCACGCUAUCACCCGAGAACAAGAAUAUUGGAAAUACUGUUCAUGUUGGCCAUUAUCCAAUUGACGGCGUCUUUUCACUUUUAGAUAUAGACGACAAGAAUGAUACUACCGAGUUAGCGAGUCAAUCUUCAGUCUCUUCCCAUAAACUACACAUUCUUCUCGCUGAGAGCAACUGUUUCAACACCGACGAAGUCCCUGGAAACGAAUUUCUUUUCGGACCACCUUUGGAUGCGUCUGUUUAUCUUUCAUUCGCCCCAGCUAUUUCAGCGCAAACUAGAUUAAUCAAUUUCUCCUGCCUCCACCUUCUCUUCAAAGGACAUAAAAUCAAGGACCACCUGCAAUUACAAUGGCGUUUUCAGUUAUUAGGCGACGGGGUCUUUUCGUCACGCUUAUCUCACAUCUUAUUUGACCCUGAAAUGCACAGUGGAGAACGGAAAGCUGGGGUUGCCCGCGGGGGAAGUUCUACUGGACUUCGUCUGGGCAAUCGAGAUACCUGGCCACCAGCUAGCUCUGAGCUCCGCCUGGUGCUUAUGGGUUUGCUUUCUGAGAGUUACCACGGCGACAAAAAUUACCCUGGCCACAACACCGGAAACCAAACCAGGAACAGGGACUUGCCUGGUGGCCUCAGCUUCGCAAUCCGUGAGCUGACGGGUGAAGAACUUUUAAAAUGCAAAAAUCCCAAUUCUAUUGAGGCUUUAGAUUUCCUCCGUCUCCAAUACCAUCCCCCUUCAGUGCUCGAAGCCAUAAUAACUCCCAGGAGUCUACGCAGAUAUGACUCUAUCUUCAAACGCCUUCUACGGCUGAUGCGAAUGCUUUCAGUUUCAUGCGGCCUAAUCCGAAACUCUACAAAUCGCUCGAAUGCUACCGACAUGCGCAGAACAAUCACACAAAAAUUCCGGAUCGAAGCACAUCAUUUCGUUCAAAGCGUGAGCGACUAUUCCUUCCACAUUGCUGUUGGAGAAACAUGGAGCAAGUUCGAGAGAACACUUGUCAAGACUGAGAAGUGCAUUGAUAAGGGGGAUAUCGAUGGUACCCUUGACCAUGCCAAAAGCUUACACCGCCUCCGAGAAUAUCAUGAAGAAAUCCUUGACCAGAUCCUCUUUGCUUUAUUUGUGAGCAAGAAACACACACAGGCCAGAAACCUUUUGGACGAUAUCUUCAGCACGAUUCUCACAUUCUCUUCUUUAUCGAAAGCAGCAGCCACUAGCACGUGGAUGGAGCAAGAGGGGAUGCAAUCUUACGAUCGGGUAGUUCGUCAGCUUUUCUCGGUGUUUAGGAAACAGGUUUCAGGCUUUGUGAGGUUUUUAAGGGCGUUGGAUGGGGCCAAAGAGAUGAAGUCGAAAGGGAAAUACCGGGCUCUUACAGCUUGGGGGAGUGAUGGUCGUGCGGGUGUUGAGACAGAGAGUGUGUUUGAACACCUCCUUUUGCGGUUGGAUAUGAAUGGGUUUUAUUAG